AUGGGGAAGCGCAAGCGCUCGGCGGCCAAGCGCGCUGAACGCGAUGAACGAUUCGACAACAGCAAGAAGGCCAAAAAGCUUCGGCUUGACCGCGAAGCCACCCGCGAACAUGUUGUUGCCGACCACUUCGACGAUGCAUACCGCCAUCGGCCGGCUGGCUUCUCGCAGGACGAUGUGAAGCGCAUUGCCGCUCGGUGGGAGUGCGAUCCUGCACAGCUCCCCGUAGAUUCGUUUGCGGACAGCUGUGUUGUCUGGAACCCGCACAACCGCGAUGAACCGCUCGUCGCUCGAUUCGUGGACAUUGUGCGCGCGGACGGAGCCCAGAAGAUCAUCAACGCGUACGACGAGAUGAUGUGCCCGCUCCCGUUUGUGCGCCGGGACCCUCACCAAGGUGUUCCUAAGCAUAUGCCGAAGAAGUGCGAUGUGAAUCGCGCUUCAGACAGUGGCGCGCAUCACUUCGGCACUUGGGAGACGACAGGGAACAAGCCUCGCAUCACGUCUGAAUCUAGAGCGCCACUACAGAACCCGUACGCGAUCAGGAAGAUUGACAACCUCCUGAGUCAUAUCAAGGCUUUCGUCGUACCACCACUCGCGCGCGCAAUACGACGAUACUUUCCCGAACAGGCACGGUGGAGAGAUAUAUGCACUGACCGCGCUCGGAGGCACUGUGCUGAAAUCUAUCGCGACCGACCCGCACUUGACCUUGGGGAUGGCUUUCAUGCGAUCGCUAUCAAGGAUGGUAGCAGUGACCUUUUGCAUAUUGACAUGCAUGACGGUCUGAUGGCUUUCAUCAUCGCACUGGGAGAUUGGUUAGAAGAAGGCUAUCUCGUUAUACCUCAACUCGGGGUAAAGUUCCGCAUCCCACCUCGUUCAGCAUUCGGUUUUCUUGCCUCACUACUUGCACACUUCACAACUCCGCCUGUCGGAGGCCGCCGCAUCGUCAUCACCUGCUUCACGGAUCGUUUUCUUCUCAAGCAUGCCCUUGAGGAACUUGCCCUCGGUGAAGCUGAACCUAUAUAA